UCUAUCUAUGAUAAGGAUGUCGUAAUGAUACAUCCUUACUAAAAUGAUUAUAAGAAUUGUAAGACGUUGUCUCUUGAGAUCGCAUUAUAGAAACAUUUUACAUCGUCAGUGUUGUCAAAAGUAUCAUAAGUCUCCAUAUAAUGUCGACAUACCAAACAUAUCUAUAACGGAAUACAUUCUAAAGGACAUAAACAAAUACAGAAAGUUCACAGCUCUUAUAAAUGGCAUUACUGGACAAGAAACAACCUUUGAUCAGUUAGAGUCUGAAAUAAUUUCUACUGCAACAGGAUUUAAAAAUAUUGGAUUACAAAAGAACGAUGUAGUGUGUUUAUAUGGAACGAAUCGUCCCGAGUUCGCACAUGUCUUUUGUGGUGUGACGGCCAACGGUGCUAUUUUAACAAUAGCUAACUCGCAGCUUACUGCAGAUGAGCUGGCCACACAACUAUGUGAUACUAGUACAAAGUUUAUUGUCACAACACCUGACUGCGUUACUAAGGCGAUUAAUGCAAAAGUCAAAGUUCCAAGUAUAAAGGAAAUCAUAGUUAUAGGCUAUUCAGAAUUUCAUCGAAACUUUAGUGACCUAAUAGAAACCAAGACAAAUCAAUUUCCAGAUGUAAACAUUAACCCUGAUACCGAUACUGCACUAGUACCAUACUCCAGUGGAACCACAGGGUUACCAAAAGGCGUACUGCUGACUCAUAAAAACUUAGUGGCUGAACUUUGUCAAUUACGACAUCCCACAAUAAUUCCAUUUGUGUCUGGCGAGGAGAAGUCUAUUUCCUGUCUUCCUAUGGUACACAUCGCCGGACUUAUGAUAGGAAUGCUGAACCCCAUGUCACAGGGAGCGGCUACGGUUGUUCUACCAAGGUUUGAAGCAGAAUCUUACCUCAAAGCCAUUCAAAAUUUUAGGGGAACGUUCAGUUUAAUAGCACCACCACUUGUAAACUUUCUUGCCAAGGACCCGAUGGUAUCCAAGUACGACUUAUCUACUCUACAUACACCAUACUCUGGGGCUGCUCCAUUAAGUAAAACUUUAACUGAACAAAUGGUACAUAGACUCAAACUACAGGGAGUAAGACAAGGCUAUGGAAUGUCAGAAACAAGUGGCGCUAUAUUCACAGAUCCUGUUGGUUGUUAUAAAUAUGGUUCAAUCGGCAAGCCAGUACCUAAUACCAUAUCAAAGCUGGUCGAUAUUGAAACUGGAGAAACUAUAACAAAAGCAUUUGAGUCCGGUGAAAUAUGGGCGUGUGGGCCACAAAUUACAAAAGGAUAUUUAAACAAUGAAGAAGCAACCAGGAGGUCUAUUACAGAAGAAGGCUGGAUAAAAACAGGUGAUAUAGCUUACUAUGAUGAUGAUGGUCAUUACUUUGUUGUUGACAGAUUAAAAGAUAUUAUCAAGUACAAAGGAUAUCAGAUAUCCCCCACCUAUCUGGAGUCUAUACUGUUAUCCCACGAAGCUGUACUAGAGGCAGCGGUUAUUGGAGUACCUGCUGAUGUUUUUGGUGAAGUUCCAAAGGCUUACGUUGUACUUAAAUCACAUGCUGAAGCAACAGAAAUACAGAAAUAUAUAAAUGAACGAGUGUCCCCAUAUAAGAAACUUCGAGGUGGCUUAGAAAUAGUGGAUGAAAUUCCUAAACUACCAAGCGGUAAAAUACUCAGAAGAAAACUACCUCAAACAGAUAAUGGAAAAGAAAAUCUCAAAAUAAACUAUUAAUGAAUAAA